CUAACAUCAAGAAACUUUUCCAGCAAUAUGUGAAAGGUAUGUCUGAAUACUGGAACAGUAUGACAGAAGAAGAUAAAGAGGUUUUUUACAAACAAUCAGAAGCAGACAAGGAACGUUACUUCAACGAGAUGAAUGAUUGGGAAGCUCGAAUGAGGCGAGAAGGUCAUGAAGAUAUCAUUGAAGAGUUACACAAUAUCAGAAAAAAAUCACAUGUAUUGAGGAAAACAGGGUCAAAACAAGGAGAAAGCAAAAAGAAUGUACAACUCGAGGAAAAAUCAGGAAAAUCUGCUGGUAAAACAGCUUCAUCAGACUAUGCUAGUGACAUUUUUACAGAUGGUGAAAACAUUGGAGGAAAAAAUAUGUCAAAAAACUGAAUGGAAUAGCAGAGGACAUUUCAUUACUGAGUCAUCUAUGGCAAGAUUUAGUUUUGAAAGAUUGGAAAGUUCCCUUUGCUGAAUCCUAGUAGUGUGUUACAGAAACUAUUACUGAAAUUUUGUUUGUAAUGUAAAAAGGUUUGUCAGAAAUAACAGAAAGAUUAAAUUGACAGCAUUUUGAAUUUGAA